CUCCUGACCAUUUAGUUUUCAGUGGAUUCGGCAAGCAUCUCUCGAUUCGAUUCAAGGCCUCAAAACCUCUUUGUCUUCUUCGUUCUUCCUCUUCUUCUUCUUCUUCUUUCUUCUUAGUUCUUUGUUAAGAAAAGAUGCAUAGAUCGUCGAGCACAUCUAGAGCUGCUGAGGAAUUCUUCGCUCACCUCUCGUCACCUUUGUCAUCAUCGAAGGGUUCUCAGGGCGGGAGAACUUCAGAGAACAGUGAGUUGCCUACCUAUGAUCCCCUGUCCGAGGCGGCGAAGAAGGAGAAAUCGCGUAUUAAAUUUGCGGAGAACGCCAUCCAUGUCAUACCUGUUGUGCUGGUCCUAUGUGCCAUUAUUCUCUGGUUUUUCUCCAACCCAGCAGUUGACAUGGUGCAUAAAGAUGAUUCAAUUCUUGCCAGAAUCAAGGGGUUGACAAUAGACGGUAACAUCGACAACGGCAAUGGUCAGACUGGCUUGCCAAAUACCUUGGAGGUGGAAGACUUGGAUCCGGCUCGAAUGUCAGAUCCCAAGACUGGAAUGUUUGCAGGGAGAGAAUCUGAGUAAUGGGUCUUCAAAACAAACCUCAACUCUCUGUUCUUUGUUUUCCUAUUGAAGGAUGACAAGCUUUCAGAUUGAGCUUGAGCAAUGUAAUCCAAGUUCAUUCUCUAUGAAAAUUGUUCUAUUUCUAACUU